AUAUGUAAUAAAAAGUUGGUCAGGGCGUGCCUUACUACGAGAUCACGCCUUGUAGCACUCCCAGAGGUGAUUUGGUAGUAAUUGAAAGUUAUUUACGAGGAAAUUCUUAAUUAAUUAUGGCGGAAGUAACAAAGAAAAAGUCUUCGAAAGGUCGAUUUUCGAAAUUAUUCGCUAAAACUGACAUUCCUUUGAAGGUUUCGCAGAAAUCUGAAACUCCUGCUAAGGGGAAAAAUAUAAUGUUUACUUCUGGUAGAAAGACUUGGAAAGAAAAGGAAGAAAAGGCAAAAGAAAAGGAAUCAAGUACACUAAAUUUCCAAUUACCAGGACCUGGGCGUGUCAAAGAAAACGAAUUUGUUCCUGAAUAUUCCCAAUCGGUUGAUAGACCUUACAAACCAGUUCCUGUUCCGAGACCAACGAAUAACAAUACAGUUGAAGUUCACAACGAUACGGAAGGCUUCAACGAACUUCACGUGUUUAGUUCAAAAUCGGCAAAACAAGACGUAAAGGACAGACCCACCUCUGGAAUUGUUGUCAACACUACCGUUUCAAUGGAAGAAGUUCUAGCUCAAAAAGUUGAAAAUCCUUCCAUACCAACAAAUUCAAAUUCUCCUAUGAACUUUGAGCACAAAACUAAUAAGAAAGGUGCUGUUAGCCUUUUAGCUAUCAAAGAUGAAGAGGAUAUUGUAAUUCAGACAAGUCCACCAGAAAUAAUUGAUACAAAACAGACAAAAGCAAAAAACGAUCGUCCAAUCGUUACUCCUUCUGUCCAUGCCGGUCCGUCUCCUGCCCUUCCCCCUUCAUCAACUACUUCUCCUACUUAUCCUGUAGCUGCACCUCGAAUCGUCACAUCCGAAAAAGACAGUGCUACUCUUAUUCAAACAUCCAGUACCGUAGAAAAAUCAGAGACAAGUUAUUCGACAACUACUACUAGGACUACUACUGAUGCUUCGACCGUAAAGGCUGAGUCAAAAUCCAAUGGCAAUAUUUCAGAUAGAGUUGAUUUAGCUAAAAUCAGCUAUCACUGUAAUUCUGAAAUUAUUGAAUGUAAUAGGACAGCGUCAUUUAGGAUUAUGACACCACAAGAAGUUUAUCGAAAUGAUUUAAAAGUUACCAUACUUGACGCCGAAAAUAACGAUGUUUCCUAUUACGUAAGAUCAUCUGAUCAAGGUGGAUAUCAUGUGGAAUAUACACCAAUCAAACCUUGCGGUCAUGUUAUUAGGAUUUCAUAUAAGGAUGAAGAAAUUUUUGGAUCGCCAUUUAAAAUCAAAGCAUUCAAUCCUGGUGCAGUUACAAUCUCAAAAAUGGAGAAGGCAUUCGUUGGUGAAAGUUUCUCAUUUACGAUUAAAACCGACGGAGCUGGAUCUGGAAAAUUGGCUGUAAAAUUUGAAAUUGAUGGUAAAACUGUACCAAAUACAAUGAAGAAAUCUAACAAAGAAGUAAGCAGCUAUAUUGCUACAUUUACACCGGAAGUAGCUAGGGUACACGACAUUUUUGUUACUUUUAACGAUGAAUCUAUACCGGGUAGUCCAUUCACUUGUAAAGUCUUUGAUAAAAAUGAAUUUACAGUUGAAGGUAAAACUCUUGACUAUGCUCCUAUUAAUAAAAUGGCUACGUUAGUUCUCAAAACUCCACCCAACUUUGAGGAUCCAAAUCCGAAAAUAGACUUCUACAUAACUUCACCAAAUGGUUACGUAAUUGACGUAAAUAAAAAGAAAAUUUCCCAAAAUGCUUGGGAAAUUCAAUAUAUUCCAAUAGAAGUUGGGAAAUACGUUAUUAAGUGUAGCGUAUCCGAUAUUGAAAUUAAAAGUAGUCCAUUUACUACGGAAGUUUAUGAUCUUAGCCAAAUUAAGGUAAAGGGAAUAAAAACUGGUUUAGUUGGUAAACCAGUUAGUUUUGAGGUAAACGCUGCCAGAGUUGGAGAAGGUACUCUAACAGUUCAUGUUGAAACAAAGAAUCAUAAAACAGUUUCAGCGAAACUUUACGAUAGAGGUAAUGGAAUUUUCGAGAUUGUAUUUGUUCCUAUCGACGAAACGCCUCACAACGUUGAUAUUGAAUUUAAUGAAGAACUCGUCGAAGGAUCUCCGUUUGUUUGUCAUAUUUUCGAUAAUAAAGCGGUUAGAGUUAAUUGGGAUAGCGUUUAUCCUGUUCCUAUUAAUAAGCAUGUACAAUUCGAUAUCAAUAUUGGAGAAGCAAAAUUCGAAGAUAUCUUUACUAAAAUUUUCAAUCCUCUUGGAGGCGAGGAAGAGAGCGAACUUUCCCAAAGUGGAAACUCUCUCACAGUGGCGUUUAUUCCGAAAAUGAUUGGAAAUUACAUUGUCAUUGCUCAAUGUGCGGGUCGUAAAGUAGCAGAUUCUCCAUUUACUUGUUCAGUUUACGACGUAUCCAGAGUAAAAUUACAGGCCAUUGAGGUCGAUGGCCGUGUUGGGGAUGAAUUAUCUUUUGUUGUGGAUACAAGCGAAGCUGGAGAUGGAGAUUUGGAUGUGGAGGUUUUAUGCUUGGGUCAAUUAGUAAAAACUAUUAGGCAAAAGUUGGACAAUACACACCACAAGUACAAAUAUAGAGUUGAAAGAAUACAUAAUCAUUUUAUCAAUGUUAUGUUCAAUUUACGUCCAGUACCUGACUGUCCUAGAGAGGUUACAAUGCUUGAUCAAACCAAUUAUAUCUAUAUAGAUCAAGAGACGCCGAACCUUGUUCCUGCUCACAAAAUGAAUUGGCUUCGUUUGCUAUGUCCUGACGUACCACUAUCUGUUGCUGAUCUUACUAUUGAUAUUCACACUCCCAAUGGAGAUCCAAUGCCUUAUAAAUUUAGUCCUGAGGCUCCUGGCAAAUAUCUAUUGGAAUAUUCUCCAGUUCAGGCUGGAAAUCACGUGAUUGAGGUUUUAUAUGGUGAAAAUUAUGUAGGAGGGGAGCCAUUUCAAGUGCAUGUUUAUGACCCAACUAAAGUUUUGGUUGAAUAUUCAAAAAGUGGAACUGUAACAAAGGAAAGUGAAUUAAAAAUCAAUAUUGCUAAGGCUGGAAAUGCUGAACUUGGUCUAACUAUUCACUCUCCCAAGAGUGAAGUUGUUCCGUACAGCAGCAAAGAAGUUGCAGAUGGAUUUAAAAUAUCAUAUUCCCUCUCUGAAGCUGGAGCAUACAAAGUUUACAUUACUUUGGGUGAUAUUCAUGUUCCUGGUGCUCCUUUCAUUACGAAUGCAGUUGAUAGAGAAGAAGGUGCUGUUGAGGUAUCCGGUGAUGGCCUAAUACAAGGCUAUCUUGGUAGACCCAGCGAAUUCAAGGUGGUAACUAAUGAUGUUGUCGGUGACUUAGAUAUUAUAGUAGCUGACAACAAGACCAUACUGGACAAUACUUUUGUCAAAGACGAUAAUAAUAAUAUUUUGGUUACCUUCACCCCGAAAAUACUUGGAGAGCAUAGAAUAACAAUAAUGGUAAACAAGAAGAAUGUUCCAGGAAGUCCUUGGACCCCUAAUAUAAUUGAUCCCAACAAAAUCGAGGUGGUUGGUGGAUGGGAAUCCCACAUGGAUUAUGAUCAAAAAGUAAACUUGAUUUUUGGAGAGAAAAAGACUAUAGAAUUUCUAGCAGAAGCACCUGGUACUUUGAUCGGCGAGGUUCGAGGUCCAACAGGAAAUCUUGCAGUUGAGAAUGAGGAUAUUGGUAAUGGAAGGUAUACGAUAAGUUUCACUCCAGAUGUUGCUGGAGAAUACUACAUUACUGCAAAAUGGAAUGGAAUUAUUGUGGCUGGCUGUCCUCAAAUGGGCUUCGCAACAUCUCAAGAAGAAGUGGACAGUAACGAAGUGUCAAUUAGAGGCAAAGGCCUAAACGAAGCAAGAUUAAACGAGGAUGCUGAAUUUAUCAUUGACGGAAAGAGACUAAGAAGAACAAAUCCAGAGGGACCCCAAGUAGAUAUUGUUGGUGUGAGAACAGCUUUGAUAUCCAAAGUGACUAGAUUACUUGAUGGUCGUUAUAAAUGUUCUUAUAAGCCGAAACAUCACGGAGCCUAUUUGGUUUAUAUUAAAUGGGGUGAAAGCGAAGUUCAAGGAUCCCCUUUCAAAUUAGAUGUAAAACGAGAUUCGGAUGCCUCUAAAGUAGUCUGUGACUAUGAAAAAUUGGAGUCAGCCACCCUUGAAACUGAGAGCGUAACAGUUAUUGACACUAAAAAUGCCGGAAAUGGCGAGUUAGUUGUAAAAUGUGAGGGAUUAACUAGAGAGGCCCUAUGUCAAUUAUUGAAUCAGAGAGAUGGAACAUUUAAUCUUCUGAUUAACGCACAAGAACCUGGAAAACAUAUGCUUCAUAUAACAUACGCAGAUGUUCAUAUUCCUGGUAGCCCUUAUGAGAUGAACUUUGUAAAAACAUCAGAUGCUACAAAGGUUCGAGUGUUUGGACAAGGCAUCGAAAAUGGAAUUUUACCUACCUUCGUGUCAUCUUUCACAGUAGAAACAGAGGGUGCCGGACCAGGCAGAUUGUCAGUAAAGGUUAAAGGGCCAAGAAAGGCUUUCAAAGUAAACUUACGACCAGUUGAUGAGUAUAGUAGAACAAUUCUAUGCGAUUACGAACCAACAGAAACGGGUUUAUAUCUAGUAAGUGUUAUGUGGACAAAACAUCACGUCGCCGGCUCUCCAUUCAAAGUACGUAUAUUCGAUACAGCUGACGAACUAAACAAAUUCUUAAAGAACAAUCCACAAGAAAGAGGAAACGCUAAUACUUUACUAAGACAUUUUUAA